AUGGCAUCGGAUCCGGGGCUGCUGCUGCUCUUACUGUGGACUAUAUCUCUCCAGGUCCAGGGCUCCAGGGAGACCGGCGCCAAUGAAGUUAAUCUCCUGGACACAUCUCUGAUAUCGGGAGACUGGGGCUGGCUGACGUACCCGUCACAUGGGUGGGACGCCAUCAAUGAGAUGGACGAGUACUUCACGCCCAUCCACACCUACCAGGUGUGCAACGUGAUGAGCCCCAGCCAGAACAACUGGCUGCGCACCAACUGGAUCCCGCGUGAGGGCGCCCGGCGCAUCUACAUCGAGAUCAAGUUCACGCUGCGCGACUGCAACAGCAUGCCCGGCGUGCUGGGCACCUGCAAGGAGACCUUCAACCUCUACUACUACGAGGUGGACCGCGACCUGGGCCGCGCCACCAUCUGGGAGAACCAGUACGUCAAGAUCGACACCAUCGCCGCCGACGAGAGCUUCACGGGCGUGGACCUGGGCGUGCGGCGGCUCAAGCUCAACACCGAGGUGCGCGGCGUGGGCCCGCUGUCGCGCCGCGGCUUCUACCUGGCCUUCCAGGACAUCGGCGCCUGCAUCGCCGUGGUGUCGGUGCGCGUCUACUACAAGCGCUGCCAGGGCGUGGCGCGGGGGCUGGCCGUCUUCACCGACGUGGUGACGGGGGCCGACUCGUCCUCGCUGGUGGAGGUGCGCGGCGAGUGCGUGGACCACGCCGAGGAGAGGGACACGCCCAAGAUGUACUGCAGCGCCGAGGGCGAGUGGCUGGUGCCCAUCGGCCGGUGUGUCUGCAGCGCCGGCUUCCAGGAGCACCGCGAGGCCUGCAUCGCAUGUGAAGUGGGCUACUACAAACCCACAGCGGGGGACCAGCCUUGUGAGAAGUGCCCGAUCCACAGCCACUCAGAAACCAGAGCUGCCCUCACCUGCCCCUGCGAUGCCAACUUCUACCGCGCCCCACUGGACACCCCGGCGGCUCCCUGUACAAGACCGCCGUCGGCCCCAAUUAACGUGAUAUCCUCAGUAAACGGCACCUCGGUGAGCCUGGAGUGGGCCUCCCCUAUGGACAGUGGAGGGCGCAGUGACGUCUUGUACAAUGUGUCCUGCCAGCGCUGUGCCCAGGACUGGAGCCAGUGCGAGGACUGCAGCACAGCGAUGGGCAUGGCAGGAGGCGGCCCAUUGUCCUUCGGGCAGGGUGUGGCGAGUCUUGGUGUGAGCAGCGUGGGUGGGAGUGUGGUGAAGAUGGGGGGAGGAGGAGGAGGGGCCGGUGUGGUGGCUCGGACCGGGACACCGCUGAUCCGAUUCAUCCCGCAACAGACCGGACUCAUCGAACCGCUGGUGACCGUCCUCAACCUGGCGGCGCACGCCAACUACACGUUCCGCAUCCUCGCCCUGAACGGGGUGUCACGUCUCAGCAACGAGCCCACACGGUUCACCACCGUCAAUGUCACCACUAACCAGGCAGCUCCAUCUCAGGUGCUUGCCAUCCGUCAAGAGAAUGCCAGCCAGAACAGUGUCAUCCUGCUGUGGCAGGAGCCAGAUCAGCCCAACGGCGUAAUACUGGAGUAUGACAUCAAGUAUUAUGAAAAGGACAAUGAGCUUCAGAGUUUCUCGACCAUCAAGUCCAAGAACACCAGUGCAAAGGUCUCCGGGCUGAAGCCUGGCACGCGCUACGUCUUUCAGGUGCGAGCCAGGACCUCAGCGGGCUGCGGGCGUUUCAGCCAAUCGGUGGAGAUCCAGACGGGCAAAGCAGUCCCUCUGCGCUACGACACGAUGACCAUCAUCUGGAUCUGCCUAGCGCUGGUGAUCGGCCUGGUCACCUUCUUGGCCGUUGUCAUCUGCAGAAAACGGCAAGAGGAACACUGCGGUUAUAGCAAGGCCUUCCAAGACUCUGAUGAAGAGAAGAUGCACUACCAAAAUGGCCACGUAUCAUUUCCUGAAGCCAGGUUCUAUAUUGAUCCCCACACGUAUGAGGACCCAUGCCAAGCCGUGCAUGAGUUUGCCAGGGAAAUUGAAGCCUCCCGGAUCAAAAUUGAGAAAAUCAUAGGCUCAGGGGAGUUUGGGGAGGUGUGUUAUGGCCGUAUGAAGCUCCCAGGAAAGAGAGACAUCCCUGUGGCCUUGAAGACGCUGAAGGCCGGCUACAGCGAGAAGCAGAGGAGAGACUUCCUGAGCGAGGCCAGCAUAAUGGCACAGUUUGACCACCCCAAUGUCAUCCGUCUAGAGGGAGUGGUCACACGCAGCAAACCAGUCAUGAUUAUUACAGAGUACAUGGAAAAUGGAUCCCUGGACUCUUUCCUCAGGCGACACGAUGGCCAGUUCACUGUCAUACAGUUGGUGGGUCUUCUGCGAGGUAUCGCAGCUGGGAUGACUUAUCUGGCUGACCUGGGCUAUGUCCACCGAGAUCUGGCUGCCCGCAACAUCCUGGUCAAUAGCAACCUGGUCUGCAAAGUGUCAGAUUUUGGGCUCUCUCGCGUGCUGGAGGAUGACCCAGAUGCGGCCUAUACGACAAGCGGAGGAAAGAUUCCGAUCCGCUGGACUGCUCCUGAGGCCAUAGCAUACAGGAAGUUCUCGUCGGCGAGUGACGUGUGGAGCUACGGAGUGGUCAUGUGGGAGGUCAUGUCAUAUGGAGAGCGGCCGUACUGGAACCUGACAAACAGAGACGUGAUAAAGUCAGUCGAGGAGGGCUACCGGCUGCCCUCACCCAUGGGCUGCCCCGUCGCUCUUCACACGCUCAUGCUGGACUGCUGGCAGAAGGAUCGCAACGAGCGGCCCAAGUUCUGCCAGAUCGUCACCGUUCUGGACAAGCUGAUCCGCAACCCAGAAAACCUCAAAUCAAUGGACACAAUGUGCAGACUAAAUAGUCCUUUGAUGAACAGACCCAAUCCUGAUUUCAGCACCUGCAGAUCGGUGGGAGACUGGCUGGACACCAUUAAGAUGAGUCGCUAUAAGGACCACUUUGCCGUGGGGGGCUACCACACUCUGGGCCACGUCAUGGGCAUGAACCAGCAGGACAUCCAGAGGCUGGGGAUAACCCUGAUGGGCCACCAGAAGAAGAUCAUGACCAGCGUUCAGGUGAUGCGUGCUCAAGUGCUAAACAACAGCGUGCCAUCAGUGCAUGUAUAAUCAAGCGCUACGCAGCCAAUGCCCGCUGCUGCAGUGUCCUAACUUUGGAAAAGAGGAGUUUAUCCACAGCCUGUUUCUAUCAAAGCCGUGAACCUUUAAAAGACUUCUAUCAGAUGGGAAGCUUCAGCCGGACUGCUACACCGCAGAGCGAAAUGACUAAAGGAGGGAGGGGUAGGGCUGGUAUGAGGGGCUGGGCUUUUUGGUUUUGGUUAUUUGUUUGUUUUAUUAAAAGAGUGUGUGAUAUGUCUUCUUUUGUAAAUGAAUGGGUUGCCUUAAAAAUACACAAAUGAGUUUAAUUUUGUUGUAAAUGAAAAGAUCUUAAGAUGUUGAAAUAUAAGAUAUAAGAGCACAGUAUAUGUAGAAAAGAUUUUACAAGAGGACGGACAGUAGGGCUGUGGACUGAACGGAAAGCUGUGAAAAGCUCCUGUUGAUGGACUGUGAUAUUGACGUGCCAUGGAGGCUCUUGAACCAUGAGCUCUAUAAGUACCAUGACUGAUAGGGGUUUACUGAACCUAGUCUUCACCCAAGCUGUAAUUACAACGAUUUUUAUCAUUUUGCUCCUGUUCCUUAAUAGCUAGGACCCUGUCUCUCUUGAAGAGCAUAGCUCACAAAACAGAGUGAGUUCGAAUCAAGAAAUCACAGUCUUGUCUGUUACUUGAUGGAAGACAUUUUGCUUCAUUGUGUGGGGUGACACAGUCCAGAAAUAACUGUCUGGAGUAAUAAAUGGUUGCGAAAUAAAUAGCCAUCCCUGUCCAGAAAUCACUAGAAUUUCUAAAUCAAGAAUUCUUAAUGCCAAACAGUUCACUUGUCCAGCAAGAAACCUAUUCAAGGAAAAAUGUUAAUAGGUUGCUUUGUCAUGAUGCUAUCCAUUGCAGGUCAUAAGUUCAUGUAGUUCAUGAUUUUGUUCAUAUUAAAGAUGCGGUAUUGUUGGAAACUGCAUUACUUCUUUUGGUACUUAACAGGAGCAUUUCCAUUUAUAAUGGACCUUUUUGUAAUGUAAAUGUGUUCAUCCAGCACUGCACAAGUCUAUGAAUAUUGCAUUUGUGGGAAACUUUGAAUGACUCAGCAAAAGUUCGAAAAUAGGUUAUCCCCCUUCAGAUAAGGAAUGGUGUAUUGUGUGUGCAUUUCGCUAUCUACAAAAAAGAAAGGUUCAAAGAAACUCCCACAGCAUCACAAACUGUGUCAGGUUUUUACCGAAGGCUUGUAAAGGCUAAUGUGAAUUUACAUCAAGUUGAUUGUAAAAUGCUCCUCCGAGCACCUACAAAAAAACAACAACAAAAUGUAUGAGCAACAAUGAGCUAAAUUCUUGUGUAAAAGAUGUGUAGUUUUGUAUAUAUAAUAAAGUCAAAAGUUCUUUCUGUAAUUUUUGAAACAGCAAUAUCUAUCUGUAUGCACUUCAGUGCAAAUAAAGAGAGAAUACUGCCAUCAGUGAACUA